AUGAGGUUUGAUUGGUCCUCUAAUAGACUAGUCGAAGAAGGACCGGAUUAUCACAUCCAACCACAAUUCAAGAAAACUGUCAGAGUUACCAGCAGUUGCGAUGGGCUUGUCUGCUUCUUGAUCGACAACAACAUUUUGACAAGUCCAAUUAUUGUGACAAACCCAGCCAUGGGACGGUCUCAAAACCUCCCUCUGUCCAUGACUCAGCUAAAGUAUUUAGACAAGAAGAUGCCAGUUCCAGAUUUGUUCCCUUACCCAGUAUUUGGGAAAGACAGCGUUACGGGCACAUACAAACUAGUCUGGUUACAUGACGACAAAAGGAACAACAUCUCAUUAUGCGAGGUUUUCGACUUUGAGGUCAAGAAAUGGAGCUCUCUCCGUUCUCUUCCUCCUUCCUCUCUGCUUCUCCAUCACUGUUUACCCUUCCGUCUUCCGCCUCAUCACCGAUCAAUCCUCGGACUCCACAACAACAACGAUGAUUCUGAUAUCAUCGAAACCAAAACAACAGUCUUGCUUCUAAUCGCUUACAUCGUUGUUGUAACCGUCUUCAAUCUCUUAGCUAUUGGAUCAAUCGCUUACAGGGUUUUCUUGAUUCUAGGGAUUGUAGCUUUCUUGUUGACUAAGCUAAUCCAGAUCAUCCCAGGUCUUCGAUUCGAUUACGCUUCUCCGUAUUUCCAAGCUCUCACUAUGGUAGUAACGGUUAUCUCGAUUGUAGCUGUGGUUAAGCUCUAUGUGGAUUGGAUUCUUGCUUGGGUUGUUGUUGUUGUUGAGUCAGCUUGGGGGUUAACUCCAUUGAAGAGAAGUAAAAGCUUAGUUAAAGGAAUGAAAAGUGUUUCUUUGUCUAUUAUCUUCUUCUUCGCUACAACUGAGUCGGUUCUAGUUUGGAUCAGUACCGUAGCUGCCUCGGCUCAGCUCGACGAUGAUGAUGGUGGGAUGUUGUGGACGAAUGCUUUCUUUGUGGUUCAGAUUGUGAUCACGUCUGCGGUUUUGACGCUGUUGAUGCUGUAUAAUCUUGCGGCGAGUACUGUGAUGUAUAUGUAUUGUAAAGCUGUUCAUGGUGAGCUUGCUUGGAAGAUUGCUGAAGAGUUUGCUAGAGAGUAUGUGAGUUUGCCUUUUGAUGAUGGUAAAGUUCCUCACUUGGUCUCUGUAGCUUACAACAACAUCUGAUGAUGAAUGAUAAUGAUGAUGAUGAUGAUGAAGUAAAGGUUUCUGUUUGUUUUGUUGUUAUGGUAGUGUUUGAAAAAUCUGGUCGUUUUGUAUGAUAAAGCAUGUUUGAACUUUGUAUAUACAUUUACUGUUAUUGUGACUUCAAAACUUUUGUGAUGUC